AUGUCAAGGUCCCAGCUUGAGCUGCAAUGUGCGACGUUUGCCGGAAGAGACGUGAACACAGGAAGUGCGCUUUUCAACACCCUCUCUUGGUGGCCUUCUGGUUCAAAGUUGACCUGCAAUGUGUGGCCUUUGGUUAGUCGGGUUACAGCCCCGCUUGUUGCCAGACAAUCACUGGUCCGGGAAGGGACAAAACCAAAGCAAUCUUUCAGCUUGAUAGUCGACAUUUCAGGCAAAGCCACAAGGUCAAAGUCAAAGCUGCUCGCUGCGGGGCAGAUCGACGGGCUAAACCAGUACAAGCUUCCAAAGAAUGUGCAAUGCAAGUUGCGGCAACUUGUUGAAUCCAGGCCCAAAGACCAAAGGCAGCUUCCGGGAACCGUGCUUGGACCCGCAUGGGAAGCCCAAGAGGCUGCAACGCAGUCCGGCAAGCUUGGCAGGUGA